AUGGACUACGACAUGCGCCUCAUCGGAGAGGUGCGCAGGUAUCCGGAGCUGUACGACGGUAGGCACAAAGACUUCAAGAACAAGGAGGUCAAGCACGCCGUCUGGUGCAACAUUGCAUAUAAACUCAGGAAGGAGUACGACGAGGCUGCCGUGAAGGUGGUGCGCAGCCGCUGGAAAAGCCUGCGCGACUCCUACGUGAAGGAGACGAAGCACAGGAUGGCCCUGAGCGCGGGCCAGAACGUGAAGCCGCGCAAGAAUUGGCGAUACAGCAGCGCCAUGUCGUUCCUGGCCCCCCACUUGGCCAUCGGCUUCCCCCUCCCCUCCAAGAGCAACGUCGACAAACAGGAGGAGAAGGAGGACGAGAUGGACACACUCCUGGAGGAGCAGCAGCAGCAGCAACAGCAUCAAGAGACCUCCGCAGCAGUAGCUUCAGUGGCUGCGGCAUCGAUGCCAGUCAUGCCCAAUCAGAACGGGAACGUGCACUUCCUUGGGGCCUUCCUGCAGGAAUACCCGCCUAGGAACCCUCCCGGCAUGCCUCCAACUGUCGAGACGGAGAACUACGACAUAGACUCGUUCUUCAGAGGAGUGGCCGACACGGUGAAAAGAUUGAGCCCCGUCAAUCAGGUGAAGAUCCAGAGGGACAUCGUCAAUUUGGUGCUGGACGUCAAGCUGAAGGAGUAUAUGAGCAGAGCAGGGCAGCCAAACCAAAUGCCGCAAUAGACUGAAGCAACAGCGGAUAGAUGGUUCAUCGAUAACACCGAAAUAAAUGGAUGAUUGGGCGAAUGAAUGUUUAUUGGUUGUUUUGUACAAUAGAAUGCUUAAUUAGAUUGCCUACAGUAACGCAAAUGUAACUUUAAGUUCUUGUACUAUGUAUUAAAGCUAAUAAAAGAAAACGACUUGAAAAAAUAUGAGCAGUGCUUCUACUGCAUAAGUGGAAGCAGAAAAAAUAGCUAAUAACAAAGAUUUUGAGAAGAAUUGUUAUAUAUGAUAGGAUUCAUUUACAGCGUAUUGCUGAGAUGUUGUAAGAUAGAAGUUUAUUGCUUCUAUUGAACGUUCGUAAAGUGCCAUAUUUUUAUGCAACUCCAUUUAUCAAAGACUUCUAAGAUUAUUUCAUUGUUUGAACUUUUUAACAAGGAAAAAGGAGCUUCAAUGGUCAUUUGUUUUUCCUUCAUAUCGAUAAUUUUUAAUAAUAACACUUUAAAAUCGACUCUUCAGUAGAUAUUUCAUUACUUAAAAUAAGCCUUGUUCAAAAUAAUGAUUAGAUUUUUGUUGAACUUGAUCAUAAUAUUAGCUCUCUAUAAUAAACAUUACUAAAAAGAACUUUUUUCUAACACUUCAAGAUUUACUCAAUAUACAUUGUUUUACAUAUUCUUAUAAAUCGUUUUCAUCUACACUAAGGUGCUUGGAUACCAUUUUUGCUUUCUUAUACUGCUUAUGAUAAUAGAGACUGUAUUGCAUUAUUGAGUACAAAACAGAGCAUACAGGUAGACAUACACGCCCUUUCUCACUAGGUGAGUAAAAUGUGAUUUUUAUCUUCCCUCAAUCAUGAGGAGAAAAAUUCAUUUUCUGUUGUUUUUCAGCUGUAGCAGUUGAUUUGUGUGACUUACAAAAAUAUAACUUAUAAGGGUUUAUCGAUGAACACGUUAAACUUUGCCAGAAUUUCUGUUUAUACUCCGUUGUUAGCCUUUUGUCUUUUUUUUAUAAAAAAUAAAGUAUCUCAAGAUUGAUCUGAUAAAUAAAUAUUAUAUGUAUAUUUAACAAGGAUUGUAAGCUUAGCUUUAUACUAGCUAGUGACGUUUUUAGCUUUAAGAAUAUUAUAGAACAUUUAAGUUUGUCAAUCUGCGAUAUAGAAUGUAUAUUUUCAUUUUUAUAAAAUAAAGCUGAAC